AUUCUCUCUGAUAAAUAAAUAAUUUUAUUCAUUUAGUUCACUGGACAACUUUGGCGAGCAUUAAUUCUUCUUAAUUCACUAUCUGAAAAAGAUUCAAAUACAUUACUAUUUACAAAUACACAUUUAGAGAAGUUCUGUUCACGACUUCUUAAUGAAUCAUUAACAUCAUCAAUAAUAGCAUUAACUCUUCUAGAAUUAAUAUGUUAUAAUCAAACAUUUUCUACAACAUUUUGGUGUACAAUUCUUAAACAAGAAUUUCAAUCUGAACUUUAUCUAUUUUGUACACGUAUAUCAUUUUUAAUAAAUAACCCACAAGAAGAUUAUUAUGAUAAAUUUAUUGAAUUAUUAAAAAUAAAUUUAUCAUCAUUCAAUUCAAAUGUACGUUUAUUAUCACUUUAUAUUCUUUCAUCAUUUAUAUCUGAUAAAACAAAUAAAAAUGAUUUAAUAUUAAAUUGUCUUCAAUGUGAACAAUGUCCAUUAAAUGUUUAUGAAUAUCGUACAAAAAUAAUUUAUUUACAAAAAUUAUCUGUUGAUUUUCUUUUAUUAAAUAAUCAAUCAUCAUUAUUUCAUUUAUCAAUGUAUUAUUUACUUGGUAUACUUUGUUCAAAUUUUACUCCAUUAUGGACAAUAUCAAUUGAAUUAUUAGGUUCAUAUGGUAAUAAAGCAAUUGAAUAUAUUGGUCAUACAUAUUUUUGGUCAAUAAUUAAUGAAAAAUUUCAAUUAAUAAAACAACGGGAUGAAUUGAAAUCAAUUGAACAAAUAAAUGACAAAUUAAUAAAUGAAUAUAUUGAAAAUUUAAAUAAAAAAAAUGAUGAAAUCAAUGAACAAUCAAUGGAUU